CUUUAUAAAAAUAUUUUAAUGAACUUCUUAUUUCCUAAAAUACAACCAAGACCAAUAAAUCUAUUGGAAAGUUAAUGUUAAAGUGCUCUUAAAGAAAUAAGUUAAUCAAAAAAAAGGAUAUAGAUAUAUGAUUCCAAAAAAAACUUAAAUAAACUGAGCUUUUCUGAAAAAUCAUCUAAUCAUCAGAUAAGAUAAGUAUCCCAAAUUAUAAAUGAUCAUUCUUCGGAUAUUAAAUAAUUCCCAUAAUUAAAUAAAAAAAAAUUUUCAGUUUGUAGCAUAGGAGUUAAUCCAAAAACUGAGAAAUAUAAAAUUCAUCUUGAUUUGAAUAAUGAUUAAAAUCCAAUUUAAAUACCUCAUUUGAGUAUAAAAACACCAUAAAAAUAUCCUCCAAUUUUAGCUAAUAAAAUUUUACCACCUACAAGAAGGUUUAAAACAGAAAGUAGUGAUGGUACAUCAAAAUAAAUUUAUAAAAUUUCAAGUCAUUUUACUCUUCAAACAGCAAAAGAUAGGUAAUAAAAAUUAGUUAAAAAUAUUUAAUCUCUAAUUGAAUAAGUGAAUUCCUCUAGAGAUGAAAAACUAUGUAAAUUAUUCGAUAAAUUAAAACAUGAUUUAAAUUUAGAUGAAAUAUAACUUGAAAAUGAAUGA